AUGUCUUUCCGACCCACAUUCUGUAGGCUAGCGAAAAAGUCGUCUAGGCAAUGGCUAGCCCGGCAAACCAAAGAUUCUUAUGUCAAGAAACGACAAAUCGACCCAGCAGCGUUCCGAGCUCGGUCGGCCUUCAAGUUGCUCGAAAUCAACGACCAAUGGGAUAACUUUCUGUCCAAAUCCGACGUCAAUGCAGUUGUGGAUCUCGGUGCGGCACCUGGAGGAUGGAGCCAAGUUGUCGCCCAGAAGCUGGGAUGGACGUCCGAGUCGACUGAUUCGAGCCCCACCCAUGACUCUGCCUCCACGUUCGACCCUCUGGCUAUAGACGACGAUAUCAGCGCACCGGCACAAGGCAGGGGUACGAUAAUAGCUGUCGACCUUCUUAGAAUGCGGCCCAUCCACGGGGUCCACGACAUUGUUGCUGAUUUCCUGGCACCCGAUACCGACAGGGUCAUCCAAGAGCUCCUAAAACGAGAAGGGGUCAACGACGGAAAGGUCGACGUAAUCCUCUCCGAUAUGGCGGCAAAUGCCUCUGGGAAUGUCACCAGGGAUAUCGAAUGCAGCCUGGAAAUAUGCCAGGCUGUGAUGGAAUUCGCGGGACGACAUCUACGCACGGCAGAGAAGAUUGGGCGGAAACGAGGGGGCGUCGUGUUGAUGAAACACUUUGCGCACCCCGAAUUACAACAGUUCCGCGAAGAGGAACUCGUUCCCAAGUUCAAUCUCGUAAAGUACAUCAAACCAGAUUCGAGCAGGGCGGAAUCGCGCGAGGGUUUCUUUCUGUGCAUGGGGUGGAAGGGAGCAUGA